UCUCUCACGCUGCCGGAUUGUUGCUGUGUGACUCAGGCUGGUCACCUGGUGAGGUCGGUGAUGGAAAAAGCCGCGGAGGUCACCGCUGAGAAGGGGACGAAGGUAGCUGUAAAGGGCGAAGCGGCCCUCAGACCUGAAUUCAUAACAACCAGAGAAAAAUUUCACGGCUAUAUAGAUUCCGAGGCAAAAGGAGGAAAGGCAGCUGAUAAUGGUGCAGCUGAGGAGACAAAGGAGACGUGUGUGUCGGGGCCUGAGGUGAAAAAGUUUAAGGCCGACCCAGCGGAAAGGGCAAAGGAGGGGUGGCCUGAUGGUAAACGCCUUCGAGGUCAAAAUAAGUCGAGGCCACACAAGAAGCCGACCGCCCAUGAUGAAAAACGACUGUGUCUCUCCAUAAUUCAGGAGAACAGGGAGUGUCCCUUUGGAGACAAAUGCCAAUUUUACCAUGACGUCGCUGAAUACCUGGCCUCUAAGCCGGCUGACAUCGGGGAACGCUGCUACCUCUAUGAUACGUUUGGAAAAUGUUCUUAUGGUCUCUGCUGUCGCUUCGCCAAGGCACACACGUCACCUGACCUUCAAACCAUGGAGAACACAGAGCUAACAAAGGUUCUCGAAGGCAGGAACCCGGUGACAAACAGCUUGAGCAAAGACCUCCAGAUUCGUCUGAGGAAGCGUACUGUGCCCUUCAAAAAGUCAGAAGAGUACCUGGAAGCACUUUCGAACAACCGGGACAAAAAAACAGAACAGCAAGGGAAUGGUGAAGCGUGUGCAACUAAAGUAUCAGCAGAUCCAGCAGGAGGAGAGCAGCACGUCUCUACUGAAGCAGAAACAAAGCUUCAGUCCAGCUCAGAUAAACAGCCUCCAGUGAAGACGGUCGGGCCACUGACUGAUGAAGAUAUCAUCAAGUUGCGCCCAUGUGAAAAGAAACGGGUGGACUUUCGAGACAAGCUCUACCUUGCUCCUCUUACAACUUGUGGAAAUCUGCCUUUCCGCCGUGUGUGCAAGCGUUUUGGUGUAGACAUCACCUGUGGGGAGAUGGCCAUGUGCACAAACCUGCUUCAGGGGCAGCAGUCCGAGUGGGCCCUGCUCAAGAGGCACGAAAGUGAAGAUCUUUUCGGCGUCCAGGUGGAGGGCUCCUUCCCCGACACCAUGACGAGGUGUGCGGAGCUCAUCAACAACAACACUGAUGUCGACUUUGUGGACAUUAACUCUGGAUGCCCCAUCGAUCUCGUCUACAAGAAGGGCGGAGGAUGUGGCUUGAUGAACCGCACCAGGAAGUUUGAACAGAUUAUCAAGGGAAUGAGUUAUGUCCUUGAUGUCCCUUUAACAGUCAAGAUCCGCACGGGAGUUCAGGAGAAGAGCAACAUGGCACACAAACUCAUCCCAGAGAUGAAAGAUUGGGGCGUCUCCAUGAUCACGCUGCAUGGCCGAUCCAGAGAGCAGCGCUACACUAAAGGAGCUGACUGGGACUAUAUCACCACCUGCUCCCAGCUGGCCAGUCCGAUCCCAUUUUUUGGAAAUGGAGACAUUCUGUCCUAUGAAGAUGCCAUGAGGGCAAAAGAGACUGGAGUUUCUGGUAUUAUGAUUGCAAGGGGUGCUCUGAUUAAGCCCUGGAUCUUCACUGAGAUAAAGGAGAGCAGACACUGGGACAUCUCGUCCAGCGAGCGCCUGGACAUCCUCAGAGAUUUCACCAACUUCGGUCUGGAGCACUGGGGCUCUGACACCCGGGGUGUGGAGAAGACCCGCACCUUCAUGUUGGAGUGGCUGUCCUUCCUGUGCAGAUAUAUUCCAGUGGGUCUUUUGGAGCGAGUGCCUCAGAAAAUCAACGAGCGACCUCCGUACUACAUGGGCAGAAACUACCUGGAGUCACUGAUGGCCAGUCAAAACGCUGGGGACUGGAUCAGGAUUAGUGAAAUGCUCCUCGGACCUGUCCCGAACACCUUCAACUUCCUGCCCAAACAUAAAGCCAACUCCUACAAGUGAUUUUCUCUUUGUCUGACAAUCAAAACAUCCAUGUUUUUUUGAAAAUCAUUUCGUUUUAAAUAAUAAAAGACUAUCGAAUU